CGACCACCGCCGGAGCGCUGGUCCAGGCCCGGCUGUCAGCCGGUGCGCGAGUCCAGAGCAGAAAUUCUCUCUAUUGGGACCAUUCAUAAGCAAGAGACAUCAACGCUGUGACAUAUGCCGGUGCCACCACCCCCACCGCCACCCCCACCACCUCCUCUGCCUCCCCCUCCCCCACCUGUUGGGGCUCCUCCCCCACCUGCUGGGGCUCCUCCCCCUCCUCCACCAUCAAUGCCUCUGGUGAGCACAGACACUUCCAGCCUGAGAAAGACAGAACUGAAAGGUCGGAGUGCACUGUUGGCUGACAUCCAGCAAGGAACUCAGCUGCGAAAAGUCACACAGAUCAAUGACCGCAGUGCCCCUCAAAUAGAGAGUUCUAAAGGAACCAAUAAAGAAGGAGGAGGCUCUGCAAAUCCUACAAAUGCGCGGGGAGGAAGCACCCCUCCAGCCCUGGGAGAUCUCUUCGCUGGAGGCUUUCCUGUGUUAAGACCAACAGGUCAGAGGGAUGCGGCAGGUGGCAAGACCGGGCCAGCCCCUGGCUCCCGUGCACCUUCUCCCAGGCUUCCCAUCAAGGCCAUGGGCGGCCCACCUAACCCCCCUGCCUCUCCCAGGCUAGGCAAUGCCUCAGAGGUGCAGGGCACUUCCAGGAUGGGCCCUCCUCGCCCCAGCGUGCCUGCCCCACCCCCUCCCACCCCGCCCCCACCUCCCCCACCCCCACCUCCACCUUUACCUCCUUCGCCCCCCGUCAAAGCCUCCCUCAUCUCUCCACCUGUCCCACUAAUCAAAGGCAAUCUCCCAGUCGCUGCACCCCCUCUUGCCUGUGCCUGCCACCCCCCUCCCCCUCCUCCUCCUCCUCCUCCUCCUCCUCCUCUUCCUCCAACCCCACCUCAGCUGCUCCCUGCCUCAGUGCUGGGCGACAAAGCUCCCAAGCCCCAGCUAGCCCCCUUGCCCCUCCCACCCAUCCCUCCCCCUCUCCCUCUUCUCCCACCUUGUGGAUAUCCUGGGCUCAAUUCAGAACCUGGCAGCCCAGCCCAAGAGGUGCAGGAGCUCCCUGCCCCACCACCCCCGCACCCCCCGCCACCACUGCCACCUACACUCCCCUUGUAUGCUUCCUGCUCCUCCAGGGCACCUAUGCCCGCACCCCCUUUGCCAGGUUCUAAUAACAGCUGUGAAACCCCUCCUCCCCUGCCCCCCAAAUCUCCCAGUUUCCAGGCCCAGCCUCAGAAGGCUGGUGUGCAGGGUCUGUCUGCUCCUCCGGUUCCUCCAGGGUCUCAGCUGCUCCUGCAGAAGAAGAGGCUUGGCCGAGGCCCGGGGGCCAGUGGAGGGAAGCUAAACCCACCGCCAGCACCCCCUGCAAGAUCGCCCACCACAGAGCUUUCAAGCAAGAGCCAGCAGGCCCCAGCCUGGACUGCAAGCCAGCAACCUGGAGGUCAGCUGCGGAAUGGAAGUCUGCACAUCAUGGGAGCUUAUGGCAGAACCCCUUCACUUUGGGGAGUCCCACACUGGACACAGGCUGUGUUCCCCCCCACCAGCCAAGAUGACUUCGAGUCUAAAUUCACGUUCCAUUCUGUGGAAGACUUUCCCCCUCCAGAUGAGUACAAACCAUGCCAGAAGAUUUACCCCAGCAAGCUCACUAGAAGCCGCACACCUGGUCCCUGGCUCCAGGCUGAGGCAGCUGGGCAGAGCCCUGAUGACAUCAAAGGCAGAAAUUCUCAGCUAUCUCUAAAGACACUCCGGUGAGAAGAGGGAUGAAGCCAAGGUCCCCGGAUACUGUGCAGCAGGGAUGAGCACCCCCAGGAGAAUGUGUCAGACUUCAGCCAUCACUAGCUGUACUCAGUCCACAUACAGGCUCUGAGCAGAGCGUUUAUUUAUUGUAAAUAUGUGGUUUGCAUGAACGUUAGCCAUUUAGACAACUUUUGAGUCAUAUUUUUAAAGACAGUCAUCAUCACUUCUGCAUUUUUUUUAAAGCUUCUUGACAUUUUUUUGUGUCUGUACAUAGAGCCUUGUCCCACCCCAUAGUGCCCAUUCUGUGAUUGUAAAUGCGCUUUCAGGCUGGCCCUUGCUAGAUUCUGAACCAUUUUUAGAGCAUCCUUAGUUACAAGUUACUCCCAAAGUCCUAAGUAUCCACCAACAACCUCUCAUUGGCAUGACUUUAUAUUCUCAUCACACCAACUGCAAAAUCAGACCAAAUAAUGCCUUAUCAAUGAUGCAGCUCAGAGAAAGUAAUGUCCCCCACACCCUAACCGCGCCGUGCAGCCUCCAGUGAGUGAGAUGCCACGUCUCACUUCCACUUCACAGUACAGGGAUGACUUUUUGCUGCCUAAUGUAAAUAUUAUUGCAAUGUAAAAGGCAGGAGUGGGCUUGGUCCCUUCAAGCCUUCCCCAGGGCCCCUUUUUGUAACUGAAUUAUCCUACAAGUAGCCAAUGCUCUUAACUGUUUACAGCGCCACCUAGUGUCCUCAUCUCCAUCACUCUCCUCCCGUCCCUCCAAGUUCCCAAUCCCACCCUGGGAAGCUUGGCUUUAUGAGAUUUCAGUAUUUGUUUGCCCCUUCAGGUAAACAAAUACAGAUGACCUGUGAUUAUGGGAAAUUAUUCAUUGUAUUCCAGAAGUCUCCCUCCCCAUCUUUUCAUCCCAAAUGCAAGAUUUCCAUGGACAAUGUGACAUGGAAACGCAUGGAAGGAAACAUCUCAUCAAAUAGUAUCUCAAAGAGCUGACCCUUGUGAAACCUGAAGCACCUCAGGACAAAUGGAGCUCCUUUUUAAGCUGAAGAACAAAACUGUCCUGAAAGCUCCCCGGGGCCUUGUGCUGGGCCCCAGGAUGUGUUGGUGUGCCCAUGGAAUUCAGCUGCUCUGCAUGUGGAAAGGGUUGGCGGAGGCAGGCACUGCUCCUCAGACCCUUUCUUUGAGCCUCAAAGGAAGUGUGCAGGUUGCUUCCUGUCUCCCAUCCAUUAAGGUGGGGAGGCUAUGCCACAGAGAGGAGAGAAAAUAGACGGGAACAGACUGAUCUCUGGGCUGUGCUCAAAAUAGCUACAGAUGAAAAGAAAUCAGGGAGGAGAGCAGUGAACAAUCACUAGCUCAGAACAACCCACUCACACUCACACCUGAAGCCUAGCAGGCGAGCUAAGCCAUCCAGGAAAGGUGAAGAAACAUGUAGCCCAUGGGACUCCAGACACCUGGCUGUUUGUUGUCCAGAACAAGGACUAAGGCAGUAUCCUACAUUGAAGUCAUGUUUCCUUGACCCAGGUAGGAGAAAUAGCCAAGGUCAAGUUGCCAUCUCUGUUGGGGGUGACUCAGGCCAAACUGUAACAGCCAAAUCAAUGGAAAAGGCCUCUUUGGGCCUUUUGUGUUCUUGAUUUGUAUUGUUUCUGGAAGUUCUCCAAAAGGGCAGAAUUUAUUCUAACAGUACCCACUCCACUUUCCUCUCAGUUGUGUAGAGUAAGUCCACAUGCUUUAAUCAUCCCGACGAAGACACCCCUGCACAAUGGCAAUUCCAGUUUUGGAGUAGACUGCCUCCCUUGUUCAUGUUCUGCACCUCUGGAUAGAAAUUAAAGCAAAACUAUCUAAGGACAGAGGAAAGAAAUGAGCAGAAACCAAAAAAAAGGCAAGCAGGGAGAAAUCUCAGGAAUCCAACAUCACAUCUCUCCUCCAGACCUAUCACUGAACCCACGGCCCUCUGAGCUCCUGCUGGCACCCUGAGCUCCUUCCAGAGUGUACAGACUGAGCCUUGACCAUGAACUCGGGCCAGGGCGUUCCCCACAUCCCUCCCUUGUUCUACCUUGUAGUCUGUGAUUCCCCAUGUUUCACUGUAUUUUAUAUUUAUUGGUGUCUCCCUCUGCAGAUUCAUUUCUUUGUACCUAAUAAAGUUGAAUAAAUGGAA